UUUAUCUCGACUGUAAUAAGAGAAAACCUUUAACGAAUAUAAGGUUUUAAUAAGCUAAAAUCUGUUAAAAUUUGUUUUGGUUACAUUAAAGGUCUAUGCAGUAAAUGCAUUGACAAAAACACUAAUAAAACAGAUUGACAAUGGCAUCAACUUAUGACUGAUAGUUUCAAGUAAGAAGUUUACAUCAGCGACAAUCCGAAUGGCCCUCUUCUGUAGAGUGUUAAAUGGAAGUAGCUGGUAUUUGAGAGCUCCGGCCCAUAGGUGGGAGCAGUACUCCAUGCGAGGCCGGACUUGUGCUUUAUAAAGCAAAAGUCUUUGUCUAGGCGUGAAGUAUCGCUUCGCUCUGUUGAGGACUCCCAGCAUUUUGGACGCCAACUUGGCUUUGCCAUCCAAAUGACACCGAAACUGGACAUCUCUUGAAAUGUCGACCCUAAGUAAUAUCCCGAUACUCGUAGGUUGUAGGGAUACUCCUUGUAAUUGCGGCACCAUGACAAAGGGGUCCUUCUUCAUAGUGAACGCGCAAACUUGUGUCUUUAACGGGUUGAAUUGAACUAAGUUUGAUUCACCCCACUCGGAGACACGCCUCAGAGAGUUCUCCACUUCAGACACAAGCUUAGAUCGUCUCUCUUGCACCACGCUUCGAAAAUGACUCUGAUGGCCAAUAUGUCGCGCAUCUCCCGUGCUAUCAUCUGGAUAGCAAUGCAUACCAUCAUUAGAUAGCAUGUUAUUGAUAUAGGUACAGGAUGAAAAGCGUGGGGAAGAGCACCAAACCUUGUGGAAUGCCAGCGUUAAUGGUCAUUAUAUCUGAGUAGUCACCGUCUAGAACUACCGUGAUGCACCGUCCAUCAAAAGUCUAGCGAUCCACUUGCAGAGUCCCUCGAUGAUUCCGUAAGAUGUUAGCUUCGACAAAAGUGCCCUAUGCCAGACCCUGUUGAAGGUCUUCGCGAUAUCAAGGCUCACAGCGAGAGCCCUUGCUCUCCAAGGCUUCAGCCCACCUGUGAGUAAGGCAUACAAGAAGAUCGCUGGCUGAGCGACUGUGAGUGAAACCGUACUGUCGGUCACUGAUCAGCUGACAAUCCUCAAGAUAUCGGCUAUAUGAGCAAUGUUUUCUUUGCCUGUACAAUGAACGAAUUAAAAAUGAUGUUUUUUUAGGUUAUGAAUUGCUGAAUUCUGAUGAAGUGAUAUGAAUUUAGAAAUAAAUAAAGUUUUAAAUUCCAGGGAUGAACAUAAAUUUCUGUUUUUAUUUAGCUUAAUUUAUAGAUAAUACACUUAAUUAUAACUGUAGCAUACCUUCUUCUUCAUGAUAUAUGAAAUAAAUUUAACGGAAAGAAAAAAAAAAUUAUGGAAUCUAAAAAACUUCCCAAAUUUAAAGAACUUAAAGAGCAACUCUCUGCAGCUACUUUAAAUGCAAUCAGAGAGAUGGGAUUCAAAAGGAUGACUGAAAUACAGGCAGAGGUCCUACCAUCAGCGCUGGAUGGUAACGAUAUAGUGGCGACAGCAAAAACAGGCUCAGGAAAAACAUUAGCAUUUCUAAUACCUGUAAUCGAAGUGGUUGCUAAAAACAUAGAAAAAGCUAUGCACGGUACGUUUUCCAUCAUAAUUGCACCAACAAGGGAACUGGCAAUACAAACAUAUUCAGUCUUACAGGAGUUGAUCAAUCAUCAUAAUAAAAUCACAUCAACUUUAGUGAUUGGUGGAGAGAGCAGAAAAAAACAGAGCUCUGAUCUUGUUCAAGGUAUGCAUAUUGUUGUAGCCACACCAGGUAGAUUAUUUGAUCACAUGAGAACUAAAGAGUUUGAUUACAAAUGUGUCAAAUGUCUUGUACUGGAUGAAGCUGAUAAAAUAUUUCAAUAUGGUUUUGAAGAAGAUCUAAAACAGAUAAUUAAUCGGUUACCAAAGGAUAGGCAAACAAUGCUUUUCAGCGCAACACUUUCUGAGAGAACUGAUGCUCUAGUGGAGUCUGCCAUGAAAAAAGACAAGAUACAACAUAUCAAUACUGAUCAGGAUGACCUGUGUGCUACAGUGGAAGGUUUAAAACAGGGAUAUGCUGUGUGUCAAACCCAGUAUAGAUUGUGGUGGUUACAUAAGGUGCUGAAGAAAACAAAACAAUUCAAAGUUAUGGUAUUUUUUUCGAGUUGUAAAUCUGUUGUGUUCCAUUACGAAUUCUUUCAGAAAUACUGUCAAAUGAACGUUUUGUGUAUCCAUGGUAAAAUGAACCAAACCGAUAGAACAGCAACCAUCAAUAUAUUCUAUGAAACAGAAAAUAUAGCGUUAUUCUGUACAGAUGUUGCGGCAAGAGGAUUGGAUAUACCGGCUGUAGAUUGGAUAGUCCAGUUCGAUCCACCUGGUGAUGCAAAUGAAUACAUUCACAGAGUGGGCAGAACGGCGAGAGGUUUGGGUGCUGAUGGUAAUGCAGUUUUACUUCUAAGACCUGAGGAAGUGGGUUUUGUGGAUUACCUGAAGGAAUCUAAAAUAUAUGUAGAUAAAUACGAAAGCUGGGAUUCUUAUUAUAAUUUACAAAAAAAGUUGGAUACGGCAAUGUCUGAUUCUAAUUUCGUAAACUUAGCGAUUGAAGCAUUUGAGGGAUAUGUUAGAGCGCUGGAAGUCAGAAAGCUAAAACAGAUAUUUAAUUUGUUGACAAUGGAUCUAGACGUUUUAGCAAGAUCUUUUGGUUUAAAAGAAAAGCCUGAUGUUGAUAUACGCAUAGGGUUUAGUAAAAAACAUCGACCAAGGAAAAGAAUGGCAGCGAUUUUAGCUUCCCAAAGUGACACAAAGAAAGCUAAAUCAUGAUGCGAUGGCAUAAGAAGCAAAUAAAACAAUUUUUCAAUUA